GCCGAGUAAGAACGAAUAUCCGGACGCAGCCCGGCAUUCAUUUCAUUCUCUGAGGGUCGACACACGUUUUUCAGCUUUACAAGUGACUUGGACACUUCAAAAUGGUGAAAAUCUUCAUUGGAAACUUGGCCCAGGAAACCACAUCAGAUGAACUCCGCUCUCUUUUCUCCCAGUAUGGAAAGAUCGCAGAAUGCACAAUUGUCAAGAACUUUGGCUUUGUGCACAUGGACAACAAAGCAGAGGCUGAAGAAGCCAUCAGUAACCUCCAUCAUUACGAGCUCAACGGUCAGCCCAUGAACGUAGAGCUGAGCCGAGGGAAGUCCAGAGGAUCCACCAAACUACACGUAGGAAACAUUGCCUGCACCAACCAGGAGCUGAGAGCAAAGUUUGAAGAGUUUGGAUCUGUGCUGGAGUGUGACAUAGUAAAAAAUUAUGCUUUUGUUCACAUGGAGCGAAUGGAGGACGCCAUGGAGGCCAUUAAUCAGUUAGACAACACAGCUUUUAAAGGCAAACUGAUGAGUGUGAAGCUUUCGACUAGCCGCCUGCGUACUGCGCCGGGAAUGGGAGACAGAUCGGGUUGUUAUCGUUGCGGGCAGGAAGGCCACUGGUCCAAAGAGUGCCCUCUAGACCAAAAUGGCUAUCACGGAAACGGCUCAGAGCCAAACUCUGAUGGAUACGAUGGCUCGAGAUACGGUGGGCGUGGUCACAGCAGGGGUUAUCAUCCAGACUUCAGCAGCGAGCCAGAUUACAGUGCUGGCUACCCUCCUGUUCAUGGUUUUCCACGGGGUGCUGCUCCCAGCAGCGCCAUGGCAGGGUACAGAAGGGGCACAGGCUACGAGAGUGCAAUGAGGUACGGGCCGCCCCCGGGUUACGGCAUUAGCGCCGUCCCUGACCAUAGCAUGGCUCGGAUGUACGGCAGUGAGGCGGCUUACAGGAGCAGCGGCUCAUUCUAUGGCGCGGUUCCGCCCUACCCGAUGCGCCGGUCGCCCUACGAGGAACGGGAUCCGUACGGUGUCGUGGACUACUACGAGAAGUACAGGGCCAGUUAUUUCGAAGAUCGCCACGCCGUCCCCAUGCCUGCUCCUACGACCUCCUCCUCCACGGGUUUAAUGAGGGAGCGUCUGCCGCCCUCUAGCCACGAACUUUACGAAUGUCCUCCCCUCCCUCCUCCACCGGCCCCUGUCCCCUCAUACUACCCACGUGAGCGGAGUCCGAUUCGGAGAGUUCCUGCCGAGGCCGACGCAUAUGCAUACGAGCGUUCGCGCCUUUCCCCGGCUACCCUCCAAAGAAGUUCUGCCUACGAGGUUCCGCGGGAUCAGGGUGCUGAACGGGCACGGUACCCUUACUGAUUCUGAAGCCUAGUAAAGCUGGGCGCCACUUAGUGGUUAGGAUAGCCUAAGUGCCAUUGGAAAAGCUGAUAAUAACCAUUAAUCAAUACAUAACAUGGUAAUUUUAGAGCUACCGGUCAUUCAUCUGCAUAUGAAGCUUAAAAUCAUGAGUACUCAUUCCAGGUUCUUCUUGAAAAUGCAGUAAAACUAGUGCUUUCAUUGUCUUAUUUCUGUGUUGUGGUAUUAGUGAAGCUCUGAGAUAGUCUAGCCUUAGUGUAGAUGUACAGAUACAGACUUUAUCUACAUCCUGGUUGAGUGUAGCUACAUGUUUUUAUUAAGGUUUAGUUUAUAGGGACAAAUAAGCACAUGGUGCAUGUUCUGAGGUAAGUCUCAAGGUGUUUUCAGACUAAAAGCAAAGCAGAACUCUUCAUGUGGACAAAUUAAUUGCAAACUUAAGAAAUCUGCUUUUUGAAAUGUGACUUCAUGACACUCGCCAAGUCAGAAAAAUUAACCAAACUGAGAAAUUUGCAUGGAGGUGUUACAAAAGCAUUAGAGAGCGUUGACACUCCUUAUUGCCGAAAUUCUUUUUGAAAAUGUACCAUCAAACCUGCAUCAUGAUGUAGUGGAUCUGUCAUUAUUUUGUAAUGUUUAUAGCUAACGCAGUGGUAAGCCUGGCUACACACUAGACUUUUCAAGCCUUGUUGCAUCAGAUUAUUUUACCAAAUAAUACUCAAGUGUGUGGUGUCAAUUUAACUGACCCUGACCCAGUCAGAGCCAUCUUCCAGAUAAGACAAUCUGUACAAAAUACCCACAAUAGUCUGGCAUAGCUGCUGUUGAUAUCAUUAAUGACUUGUCCUGCAGACCUCCUACAGGUCUAGUCAGAUGAGGGAGACAAGCCCUCAGGCAUUCAGUCUACGACCUCAGAUUGAAAACAGCGUUGAUUGACUGCUGUACUGUUUUGCCUGAAUAAAUAAGUUUGCUUGAGAAUCGAGAUUUAUGUUGGGGCUUUUUAUGCCUUUAUUAUAGAGGUAGAAAAGUGGGUAGAGGAAAAACGGGGACAAAAUACUGGAGAAUGACUUGCUUGAAAGGAGCCACAGGCAGGACAUAGGGCCCAGCCCAACCUAACCAUCAAGCCAUCUGCACCCUUUUCAAUGACUUUGACCUUUAUUCGUCUCUACUUCAAGACUUAAAAGUACCUGUCUUUUUCCAAACUAGACCAGUUGGCACAGCUGUAAACAGCAGAAAAUUUGGGCAUUUUGAUAGCGCUUCUGUAUGCAGAAAUCUUUUCCUGUCCCAUCUGGAGUUCAGUGGGUGAUAGGAUGUCGUCAGCAAACAAGUGAGAGCGAGCAGACUGGGAAAUGUCACCAACCUAAUGUUACGUACUUUAACAGCUGUGCCUUGGGCCAAGUGGACUCUCCACUGUUAAAUCUUUACUACAAACAGCAGGGUUUUGAUCUCAUAGUCAGGCUUAAUUUACUAGUCUGUGUGUUCAGAGGAUUAUAAUGAUUGAAACCAGCCAAAUGUCUCUACCUCUGUUGUCCCCCAUGUUUUUAAAAUCAAUAUGACUUUGGUUGAAAAAACUUGGACAGCCAUGGUCUAAUGGUGUUGUGCUUCAAACACCAUUAGAUAUGCUUUUUUCUUUGUGUCACCGUGUUUAUAGAUGGAUGGUUGCAUCCAUUUCGAGAGCCCGACAGGCAAUGAUGGAGUUAUGCCAGGCUCGUCUAGUGUUUAGCCAGCCUUAGCUAGAUUUCAGCCAAGCUGCUGGACAGAGAUGGACAGGUUGAUGUAACAGGCUUUAUGUGCCUCUGGUUAUUGUUGUGAACCCAAACAUGACUAUUUUUUGCUCUCUGAUGUAGAAAGGCGAGUAAAUGUUUGGCACUUGAGUGAAACAAACCUGAGUGAACACGUCCUGGGGUAAACUUGUGUGAGUGAAGUGCAGUGAUAAUUCUCUUUGCUUUUGGUUCAAACACACCUUUAGGGUUAUAUUCAAGACAUUUCUUUGGUAGUAUCUUAUGUGUUCAUCUGUACAUUAAAGUGUUGAUGUAUGUGUAAAUCAGGCAUUUUCAGACCAAGGAGAUCAGGGUGUUUUCAACAAUUUUCAUUUACAAUAAUACAAGAGUGAUAAUUGCCUGCAGGGGGAGGUAAAGUAGCACCACAUAGAUUGGGGAUGGUGCAGUUGUGUUUUCAAAUGGGUUUCUAAUAACCUGAGAGGAGUUUUAUAGACUUAACUAUUGAUCCACUUCCUCAUGUUUCUUUUCAAGUUCUCUAUAGUCUAGGGCUGGUGCAAGGGCUUUUAUAUUUUGCAAUUCAGCUAAUAUUUUCACCCAAUCAGAGUACCUGCAGGGGAGCCACUUGCAGCUGAACAAGACCCUCAAAUGUUUUUUAAAAAAUUGGAUCAGUCCCAUUGCAUUUCAUGUGAACCCCUGGUCUGAAAAUGACGACUGUUACUGCAUAUGUGAAGCUUGACACAUUUAAUUACUGUACACUUCAUCACUUGUGUUGUUUAACCUGUGGAUUGUGCUCUUUUACCAAAAAUGGAUGUGCACAGUAGAAAAAAAAAAUCUGUUAAGUGUCUGGGUAAUAUUGAACCUUUUGUGAAGAUAUGUCUUUAUCUCCUUUUUUUUCUUUUGAUAGUGACACAUUAAUAACAUUAAGUUUUAUUGCUGUAAACAGAUGUGAAGUUUCACAUAUUUAACACGUUUAACUUCCAUGAUUAAAGUUGACUCAAAUA